GUGACAGAAAAACUGUUAACCAACCGUUGAACUACAGCUGAGGGUCAUGUAAAGUCCACUGAGGCUCUUAGGCUACAGAUUAGUCAGUUUCCUAUUCGAAUUUUCCGUUCCACCUUAAAUGGUGCAGCAGUAAAAUUCUGACCGGUGGCUGAGUGCCUGAAUGUAAGCAUCAUUUAAGGUGGAACCGGAAUCAGCCUCGAAUCGAGCUUUCUCCCACAAGAAAGUCGCCGAGAGAAGGACGCGGUUUACACCCCUGAGUGGGUGGACGGAAUUUGAGUUAGACCCUCCUCAGGUCUUCACGUCAGCAGGGGGAUGGAGGCUGAAGCCCGGCUCUCCUCUAAAGCCCUCCACACACACUCAAACGCUGACCUCCACCCACUCGGAGAGCGUGUGACCAGCCGGACGAAGAUGUUGCUGAGAUACUGCCUCCUCGCUCUCCUCGCGGUUUCCAGCUGUCAGGCUGAGGAGGUUAAGAGUAAGAGUAAAGUUUGUGCAAAUGUGUUCUGUGGAGCAGGACGAGAGUGUGCAGUGACAGAGAAAGGACAACCCACCUGCAUGUGUAUUGAGCAAUGUAAACCCCAUAAACGUACAGUGUGUGGCAGUAAUGGGAAAACCUACCGCAACCACUGUGAGCUUCACCGCGAUGCCUGUCUGACUGGACUCAAGAUUCAGGUGGACCAUGAUGGACACUGUGAAGAGAGAAGAACAGACAAGGUCGCUGCAAGCCCGAUCGUGUGUUAUCUGGCGGAUCGUGAUGAAUUGAGGAGCCGUGUGAUAGAGUGGCUGCAGACCGAGGUGGUUCCUGACGGCUGGUUCACAAAAGGCUCCAACUUCUCAGACAUCCUGCUCAAGUACUUCCAGAACUAUGAUAACGGAGAUGCAAAACUGGACUCCACAGAGUUCCUCAAGUUCAUCCAGCACAAUGAGACAGCCAUCAAUAUUACCUCGUACACAGAUGAGGAAAACAAUCGCCUGCUGAGGAGCUUGUGUGUGGAUGCCCUGAUUGAGCUCUCAGAUGAGAAUGCUGAUUGGAAACUGAGUUUUGAGGAGUUUCUCAACUGCCUCAAGCCUGACUUCAACCCCCCAGAGAAGAAGUGUGCUCUGGAGGAUGAUACAUACGAGGACGGAGCUGAAACGCAGGUGGAUUGCAACCGCUGUGUUUGUGCCUGUGGGAACUGGGUCUGCACUGCUGUGACCUGUGAUGGUUCAGAAAAGGUGCCUGCUGCGGAAGAAAUGGAGGAAGCAGAUCAGGAGAUGACGGAGGAAGAGUGGACUCACAGAGUGGCCGAGCUCAACAAACAUCAGGAAACUGUGGAGAAGAUGAAAGCGAGCACUAAGGAGGUUUAAUAAGAGAGAUGAUCCAAAAAAAAAAAAAAACAAGAAUGACUGCCACGAGUCCUCAACUCCUUUUCAGUCUGCUGUAGACUGGAUUUGUACUGUCCACUAGCAAAAAAGUGGUCUUUCUAUAUAUUGUUUUAUAUCAUUGUUUUAAUUAUUCUUAUUUUCAUUUAGUACUGUUUUGAUAUUUGAAUGUGGAUACUGUGUAAUAGGCCUACUGUCGGUUUACUCAGACUGCUUUUGAAAAAGUUUUACUUUUUAAAUUGUGUUGGAUAAAUUGUGUUUCCAUCUCGAGGCUUAGCAUUAACAGGAAAUUUUGGUGAACACGUGGUUGAACUUGAACUAAUGGCUAUCGGCCAAAGCACAGUGCUGAUGUAGGAUCAAUAUGCACUGAUAAAGCACGAAUGAAUCUGUUACACCAAGGUUAUUAAGCUUCUUAUCUGAUGACAGGUUACUGUGUCUAAUAUUUUACACCUGACAUCAAUAUACCACCAAUCAGUCAUGCCACAGGCUUAACCUUAUAGAAGGGUGAAAUAUCUGCCUUAACACCCAAAUUCAAGUUCUAUAUCAUCUUGGAGAAUAUUGUGGGUCAUUUGCUCACUUGCAGUCACCCAGUGAUAUCUUGCUGGUGGCAACAACACAUAUAAACUACAAGAUCUACUGCUGAAGAUUUAGUAAUAUUCUUGCAGGUUGUUCUGGCUUCUGGGCAGGCCUUACCCACAAAAAAAAUUUUAAAAUUAUGUGCCCGUAAUUUUCUACAUAUACAACACACUACAAUACAGUAUGCUCCACUCUUCUGAACCUGAAUAUAUUUCCCUCAUAUUCUUGUUUUUUAAGACAUUCUGGUGAACUGUCAGCCGGCAUUUACUCAUUAAUUUUAACAGCCUAUUGUUGUCUUAGAGCACACCUGGCAUACUCAUGCCAAUAAAAUGAGUACUGUAUAAAAAAACAUA